UCUAGGGAACGCCGGGUGGGGUGGGAGCUCUGUGAACUGUGGGUAUUUUACCCCCACCUCCCCUCACAGGCCUGUGAAAGGAGUCCACCUGCUGCUGUCAAUCCUGCACUUUUCUUUGCUUGAAGCAACUGUCAUCCCUAAAGAUCCUGAUGGCUGAGCCAGCUGGGAGAAGGUUCUGAAAAAAGAAUAUUAGCAUGUCAUUCCCCUGCUUGUGCCUUAAAUAUCUUCCAUGCAAUUCACAGGGUUUAAUUUUAGACUCCACAUGAGGCAUCGGCAAACGGCUUGUAGCUGUCGUCAAAGUCAGAGGCUUCCAGGCUCAGUCUGUCCCGGGUCGUUGAUCGGACAGAAAACAGAUUUUCUGUUUGUUUUUGAGGCAAGAAACUAAAGAAGCAACGAUGUCAAACGAAAGAGACACUGAGGAUAUUAAUGAAGAGGAUAUUGAUGAAGAUGAGCUCCUUGCUAUGCUUUCACCUGAGGAGCUUCAGGAGCUUCAGAGUGAAAUGGAUGUGAUUAUUGCCCCAGAUGAGAGUGUACCGGUUGGACAGAGGCAAAAAGACCAGACAGAGAAACCUCCGACGGGGACAUUCGAUCACCGGUCCCUGGUCGAUUAUCUCUACUGGGAGAAGGAGUCCAAACGUAUGCUUGAAGAAGAGAGAGUUCCAGCUACUCUUCUGCCCAGUGAGAAAAUAUUAAAGGAGGAAGCAGAAAAGAAAGAAAAUGAAGAAAAGGCAGAUAGUUUGGAUUAUGUGUAUGAAGUGAUAGAAGAAGUCAUCCAGGAGGAAACUGGAGAUGGCACUGGCAAAGAAGAAAUCAUAGAGGAGAUAAUUGAAGAAAUAGUGGAAGAGGUGGAAGAGAAGGAUGAAGAGGAUGAAGAGAUUAAUAUGAAAGAUACCAAAGAGGUGAUUUCGUCUGUAAAGGCAGAUAAAGAAGAAAAUAUGGAGAAGACUGUAGAUUGUUUAGAUAAUGACACAGCAAAUGCACCAGGAACCAGUGAAGAUGACAAUCAGAAAACUGAAGACACAACAGAGGAAACUGAGAGCCUGGUUUCAGAAAACAGCACAUCACAAAAAGAGGAGAAAGAGGAAACUAAAACUACAGACUCUCUGCUUUCUGAAGAGGCUCCGAAGGAACAAAAGCUGAAUGAAACCAAAGAUGAACUCCCACAGAAAGAAGAAAGAAAAAUCAACAAAUUAAAAAUCCCAAACCUGGCACUUGGUAACAUAAAAAUGACAUCAAGACCUUCUGGGAAUGAGACAAACUUGGAAUCGACACUUGACAAGCUGCGCAACAACAACCCCUCUGUGACUGAGGUGAACCUCAACAACAUAGAAAACAUUCCCAAAGAGAUGCUCUUGGAUUAUGUCAAUGCGUUAAAGAAAAACAAAUUUGUAAAAACCUUUAGUAUAGCUAACACCGGUGUGGAUGAAAACAUUGCUUUUAACUUGGCCAACAUGUUGCGGGAGAAUCGCAGCAUCACAACUCUGAAUAUUGAAUCUAACUUCAUCACUGGAAAGGGCAUUGUUGCCAUUAUUCGCUGCCUCCAGUUCAAUGAGACUCUGACAGAGCUGCGAUUUCACAACCAGAGGCACAUGCUGGGUCACCACGCAGAGAUGGAGAUUUCACGCCUGCUCAAGGCCAACAACACUCUCCUUAAGAUGGGCUACCAUUUUGAGCAACCAGGACCCAGGAUGGUGGUGACGAAUAUUUUAACCAGAAACCUCGACCGCCAGAGGCAACUGAGGAAAGAGGAGCAGAAGCAGCAGCAAAUGAAGGAGCAGAAGGAGAUGAUGCAGAUGUAUGAGAACAGUCUGAAUCUCCCUCCUGGUUUACUGGAGAUGCUCGGGUUCAUACCGCCGUUAGAACUCCUGCAGCAGCACGGCCUCGUCCCACCUUCAGAACAUCUGAGCGCUGAACCCGUAACACGACAUGACACCAAGCAGUCAGAGCCUCAAAAGAAGCUCAAACACAACAGCAGCAUUCCCACACCACAGAGCUCAGAACCAUCAAACCCAUUAAAGGACAUCCAGCUGAAGAGGACUCCCAAGAAACGGGACCCUUUUCUGGAUCUGGACCCAAGAGACAACAGCAGACCAGACAAGGCCAGUUUCCACCUGAGGAAGACUACCAGAGUGAAGAGCAUGAGCAGUAGUGAGACGACAGAGGAAAAAGCCAACCUGACAGACGUGAUAAAGACUCUGAAGCCUGUCCCUCGUAGGCGAGUGCCACCAAAAGUUGAUCUCACGCCUCGAGAUAUGCUCUUAAAUCAGAUUAAACAGAGCAACGUGGCCUAUCUUAAAUCUGUGCCGCUCCCUAAAGAGCUGGAAUCAAGUGAAACGAGUCUCCUCUGAGGCUUCACCCACAGCUUUUGUUCAUCAUAUUUAUUUUACACUUAGUUAGAAUGUGUCACUCUAAAAACACACAACGGACAAUGACUGCAUAAAAGUGAGUUAGACAUGAGAAUGAAUUGUUUAUCCACGCCUUUGUUAUCUUCUUCCUUAUUAUUGUCUGUUAGAAUCACAAUAAAAAUGUGAGAAUAAAUCUGUAACUCUUUUGA